AUGCCGCAACCAUACGAAUUCAGUAGGCUCGGCUUCAUUGGCCUGGGUGCCAUGGGAACACCGAUGCUGUCACACCUGGCUAGAAAGCUGCCAGAAGAUUCGCUUAUAUGGGUGUAUGAUGUUGUCGAACAAGCGGUAGACGACGUCUGUGCCGAGUUUCCCAACAGAGUGUUGAAGGGGAAGAACGCUAAGGAUGUCGCACAACAAGCCGAUACGAUUAUCACAAUGGUACCUGAGGGUGCGCAUAUACGAUCUGUAUAUCUCGACCCCGCCAAUGGCGUAUGCAGUACGGAUGUCUCGAACAAGCUGCUUAUCGAUUGCUCGACAAUUGAUACGGCAACAAGUCUGGCAGUGAAAGAACACGUUACAAAUCAUUUCCCUUCGGCAGCAUUCUAUGAUGCUCCAGUUAGUGGCGGUGUGGUGGGUGCAAUCAAAGGCACAAUCGCAUUCUUCCUGGGCUGUGGAGAGUCGGAUGCGAACAUGGGGCGCCUCACUUAUUUACUGAGUCUUAUGGGUGGACAAGUGAUACCUUGUGGUGGACCAUCUCUUGGUCUCGCAGCAAAGCUAUCAAACAACUACCUUUCUGGCAUAAUUGCAAUAGCCUGCUCCGAAGCGUUUGAUAUGGGCAUGCGUAGUGGGUUGGACCCUCGUACGCUGGCCAAGGUGUAUGCUGCAGGUACAGCUCAAAACGCCAUAUGCGACAAAUUCUGUCCUGUUCCUCAUGUCUACCCAGAGGCACCGUCUUCGGGAGGGUGGAAGCAGGGCUUCAAGGUACAGCUGAUGCGCAAAGACUUUGGACUCGCGGUGGACAUGGCAAAGAGAGUGGGUUCUCGGAACGUAUUGGGUGAGGUUGGAUUCAAGACGUAUGAUGAAGCUGCCAAUGACCCGCGUUGCAGAGAUUUGGAUUCUCGUGUAGUCUAUCGCUAUCUCGGCGGGCAGGAAGACUGGCAGGCUAAGUCGAAUGGGACGUGA